UCGGGCUCUGCUCGGUGCUCAGUGCUCGGCUGGACUGUGCGCCCCACCCUCGCCCCCAGGGUCGGCGGCUGGGAGCCGGAGAAGAAUCUGCACCCAGGGAAGGCUCAGCAGAGCAGGACAGUGCAGGCUGGUGAGCUGUGAUCGGGAGUUGGAAAUGGCUGGAAACUGUUCCUGGGAGACUCAUCCUGACAGGAACAAGAUGUGUCCUGGCGUGAGCGAGGCCCCGGAGCUCUACAGCCGAGGCUUCCUGACCAUCGAGCAGAUCGCCCUGCUCCCGCCCCCUGCCGUCAUGAACUACAUCUUCCUGCUGCUCUGCCUGUGCGGCCUGGUGGGCAACGGGCUGGUCCUGUGGUUCUUCGGCUUCUCCAUCAAGAGGACUCCCUUCUCCAUCUACUUCCUGCACCUGGCGGGCGCAGACGGCACCUACCUCUUCAGCAAGGCCGUGUUCUCGCUCCUCAACACGGGGGGCUUCCUGGGCCCCUUCGCUGACUACAUCCGCGGCGUCUCCCGGAUCCUGGGGCUCUGCACGUUCCUGGCCAGCGUGAGCCUCCUGCCGGCCGUCAGCACGGAGCGCUGCGUGUCGGUCAUCUUCCCCGCCUGGUACUGGCGCCGGCGGCCCAGGCGCCUCUCGGCCGUGGUGUGCGCCCUGCUCUGGCUGCUGUCCAUGCUGGCCACGGCCAUCCACAGCUACUUCUGCGUGUUCCUGGGCCGGGAGGUCUCCGGGAGGGCCUGCAGACACACGGACAUCUCCCUGGGUGUGCUCCUCUUCCUCCUGUUCUGCCCGCUCAUGGUGCUCCCCUGCCUGGCCCUCAUCCUGCACGUGGAGUGCUGGGCACGGCGGCGCCAGCGCUCCGCCAAGCUCAAUCACGUGGUCCUGGCCCUGGUGUCCAUCUUCCUGGUGUCUUCCAUCUACUUGGGGAUCGACUGGUUCCUCUUCUGGGUGUUCCACAUCCCUGCGCCCUUCCCCGAGUACGUCACCGACCUGUGCAUCUGCAUCAACAGCAGCGCCAAGCCCAUCGUCUACUUCCUGGCCGGGAGGGACAAGUCUCAGCGCCUGUGGGAGCCCCUCCGGGUGGUCUUCCAGCGGGCCCUGCGGGACGGGGCCGAGCCAGGGGAGGCCGCGGGCAGCACCCCCAACACCGUCACCAUGGAGAUGCAGUGUCCCUCCGGGAACGCCUCCUGAGAGGCCAGCACUGGGGCCCGGCCAGGCCGGGGAGCUGGCCCCGGGGCCUCCACGGACGCCUUGCCAAGGGAGAAGCAGCCCUCCUGCCCAGGAGAGGCUCUGGGGAUGGACAAGAGGUGGAGCGGCCACCUGCAAACAGACCUUGGGGGCCUGAGCCUCCCCACCUCACUUGACCCCUCCCAGAGCACUGGGGUCCCCCCCCCCGGCCCCGCGGUUGGUGAGUCAAGAAGAGAAGGUAGUCCCGAGCUGUAUCUCACCUUCUGGCCCUUCCCUCGGGGCCUCGGGACAGUGACCCAGCCAGCUCCCCCCAGCGGGCCAGCAAUGGUAUCAGCCCCACCAGCAGGGAGCGCUCUCACCGAGUACGUCCCUCCGGGGCUCCGUUAGCUUGUUUUGUAGCUAUGCUGUGCACACCAGCCCCUGUCCCCUCAGUGGCUCGUUCGGUGGCUGUGGUAGGAGGGAGUCUGGGCCUGGUGGACCCCUGGAGACUGGGGGCCUGGGCCAGGAGCUGCUUGUCCUGACUCUGUGCACGGCCAGCCCCGGGCAGCCCCCUGAGUGCCCUGGGUCCUCUAGACCCUACUGACUGUGCUGGCAGCUUCUGGAUGGAGCCCCCGGGCUCCGGCGCCACCCCGGUGGGCCGGAUGUGUCUUCCCUCCUCCCCCACGGCCUGGCCCCACGGCGCCCAUCAAUAAGCACACUGGCUGCAUAGCCAAAGGAAGAUUUUUUUUUUAAGACCAUAAAAUGUAUAUCAAUAAACAUUUUAUAUCCUGCAGCCAG